GUAAAUACAUGUAUAUACAAUUUGAAAUCAUUUGUUGCUUGGAUGAAUUGUUCUAGAACAACACGGAAGUUACUGGAUCGAUAGGACAUGUAUAUGGUUCAACGGAAUGGAAUUUAAAUCUACAAACCUUUGAAAGAGAAAGUAAGACCACGGUUAUAAAUUGAAAUGAAAUUUACAAUUUUGUUUUGCGUUUGUAGGAUAACAGAUAGAAAAGGAUACGCGAAGAAUGUUAACAAAUGUUCAACGAAAGAACUUCGUUAUUUCAUGGUACUACAUCAUGAGCUUUUAAAAAAGUAAAAAUUUGUUGAGAAAUAUCAGGAAAUGAAUUCGUUUCGUCUGACAGCAUUAUUGAUAUUUCAAGGAGUUAUUUUAAUUCAAGGAAUAAUCAGAAAUGAAGAAGAAUUAGAAAAAGGGACCUGUCAUUUAAAAGAACUGCGGGUUGAGGUGUAUCUGGAAUGUCAAGUGAAGAACGUUCAGAUCAAUAUUGUGUCAAAGCUGUCUCAAAACAACUUGGCACAUUGCCAAGACGACAGAGGAGAACUAUUAUGCUAUCCUAGUGAAAACAGUUUCUAUAAUGAAAGCAGUGGACUUUUAGUAUUUAUUACACAGUUUAAUCACACUCACCACGCCGGCUAUAGACUGUGGAUUAAUGCAACAUGUCAAAAUCACACCAAAACGAGGGAGAACGUUCUACUAAAACCAUGUGAGGAUGCUUUCCCUCUAGUUUAAUCAAGUUGUUCUUGAGAAGCAGAUUUUUCCUAUGUAUUCCUAAGAUAAACUUUGAUAUCCUAUUUUGGCCCAACCCUAUCUUUGAAG